GGAAGUUAUCUACACGUGGCAGGACUGUUCCCUGCCCAUAAGUUAUCCACUCAAGGCAGCGUUGUGUACUCAGCUAGAGCUGUCUUUUCCUGCCAGGAUGAGCCUGCCGGCAAACCAGAUCAAGGAGCCCGGCAAGCAGUCUCUGCCGGCAAAAUCGCUCAAGGAGCCCAGCCAGGAGUCUCUGCCGGUAAACCUACUUAAGGAGCCCAGCCAGGAGUCCCGGAUCCUGUGCCCUGACCCUGACAUCGUUGUGGAGCUGAAUGUUGGGGGGCAGUUCUACACCACCACCAUGGGCACCCUGAUGAAACAUCCAGGCUCCAAGUUUUCAGAGAUAUUGUCCAGGUCAGCUAGACACUACAAAGAUGCACAGGGCCGCUUCUUCAUUGAUCGUCCCGGCACCUACUUUGGGCUUCUCUUAGACUACCUACGCACUGGGGAAGUGCCCACAGAGUACGUGCCUGAGGUAUACCAAGAAGCUAAGUUCUACCAAAUCCACCUUUUGGUCAAGAUUUUGGAAGAUAUGCCACAGAUCUUCGGUGAGCAAGUGGCUCGAAUGCAGUUCCUGAUGGGAGUGCCGAACUACAGAGAAAACCUGGAAGUCCUGUUGCACCUGGCUCGGGCUGAGGCCGUGGCGAUGCGCUCGUCAAAGGUGGUCGUGUGUGUGGUGCGUACGGAGGAGGAGGAUGCGAAGUGUUCGGAGCCGCUGCACAUCUUGGAGGCCAAAAAGACACCGGUUGUCAAAUUCGGACCCUGGAAGGCAGGCCCUGUGACAGAGGACUUUGUGUACUGCCUGGAGAAGGACAUUAGAGCCAAGGGGUAUAAGGUGUCCUCUCAGAGGUACCACCUGAGUAGAGAUCCCUACACAUGCUUCUGGAUAUUCGUCUUCACUUGGUGGUGAUCUCCGGUAGUGGGGACUGUUUGUUAGAGGCUGUGGUGGGAUUUGUGAAAUCAGUUGCCAUCAAAAUCCAUGUUCUAAAGCGAUCCUUAAAGUAGUCCGAGAGCCUGGAAGGCUGAGAUAAGAAGACUGCCAUGAGUUCGAGGCCAGUCUUGCAUACAGACUGAAACCCUAUUGAAAUGGCCCAGGAGAAGCCAGGCUCCCCUGUCUCCACUCCUGCUCCCUUCUGGAACCACAUCCUGUUUGACCAAGUAGGGUUUCUCCAAUCUUCUAAGAAAUAAAGCUUGUAAAAUGUUUAACGAAUCAAAGGGUUCUUCCUUGCUUGCUGGGAAAUAACCCUGAUGUGAAAACUCUUCUAGCCUGGGCCUACUGUCAUGGUUUUUGUCUUAUAAACUCUGUAGUGCUUAACUUGAAACCAAGAGUUCUUUGUGACAGGAGUCUGAUAUCAGUCAUCAGAUGAAAUAAAGAACUCUUAACUGGC